AUGGCGUCAACACACCUGAACUCGAACAUUCCUGCAUUCCCUCGCCUUCACGCGAUUCCUUCUCUGAGCAGCGAGGAGGAUUUCGAGGUUUGGCAUAAUGCACUCCUCCUUCAACUGAGCUACUUUGAUGUCCACGAUAUCAUCACUGGCGACGAGCAGGCUCCUGCCAAGACCGCCCCACAAGAAGUUCAGAAAUGCUUCAAGAGGAAGCAAGUCCUGGCGUACACCAUGCUCUCAAAUAGCAUUCAGCCCAUCAUCACCAAGCUUCAAGCCCUCGGAUACAACGAAGGAAACCAUGCCUUGGACCCGCGGAGCCUUUACAAGGCGGUAAUCAAGUGGGACAGUGAAAUCUCCGCGGAGCACAAAUUUCGACUUGUUAAGGAGCUCACCGACAUUGAUCACUCCCAGUUUCCCAAUCUCCACGCAUUCCUGGGUAGGGCCCUAUGGCUCCGCCGACGCCUCAACCGUGCCCUCUUUGACGUUUCAGACGAGCUCAUGGAUAUGUUGCUGCUGAAGGGCAUCAGUUCCUACGACGAUGCCUUGACAAAGAUGAUUCUUCACAGCAAAACCACAGGGUCCGCAGUCGAGGAUAUUGCUUCGCUAAUUGCCAAGAAGGCAACAGAGCAGGAGGCUAUGAGCGUUACUUCCAAGACCAUCACCUGCCCGAAAGCUACCCUGAAUAAGGGUACCCAGGCCACCUGCACGAAGGCCUCCCAGGAAAAUAGUACCCAGACCGAGGCGAUCCCGAACCAGACCUACAAACAGACCUCCCACAACGACGCUCCUCGUCCAGAUGCCCUAAACGCCAGGGUCCCGUCCGCAGUCGAUCACAACUCGAAGAACAUCAAGCCCUCUAACUUGACCACCACACCGAAUGGCGUUCUACAGGGCACUACCAAGGUCGGCAGGGACAGUCAGGAUAUGACCAUCGACGAAACCCACAACAAUGUCAACGCACCCACCAAUGCUGAUGCCACAAACGGCACGCCCCAGAGCGAGGUUAAUUUCGGCAGAAAGAGUCCUAAUACCAACCUUACCACACCGUCGCCUACACCCAACGGUGCCUGGCAAGGCGAGAACGUGGUUGCCAACCUAACUGCUGCCCACAAUACCAACUCAGGUGUCACCAAGCCCUCAAACCCCCAGACUUCUGGUCCUGUUACCAACACCGGCCGUCAAACCGACGGCAAUUCUCUGCAGCGUGAUGGCUUUGGUCUUACCAGUAACGGCAGUUCUCAAAAUGGUCCCCGUUCCUUGCAUCCCUCUAACGCUGUCCCGGGCCGCAUCCUCAACCGCCAAAAGCAAGUUCACGAUUGGCUCUUGGGUAACUCAUGGACCAACGCCGAAAACCCUCCUGUUCAAAGCGACCAGAAGAGCCCGCCACAACGUGCCGCCUCUGUGCUGCAGCAGCAGCAGCAGCAGCCUCCUCAGUCCGACCAUGAUCCGUUUGGCCCGGAAUCUUUUGCUUCUUAUUUGUACGCCAGGGACAUUGCGAAUGCUUGGACCAAGGAUGGGAAACUCAGAGCGAAGAUUAAGAAGGGUCAGUUUGGCCCCGAGGACCCGCGCCAUUGGUAA